AUGAAACAGUACAUAUUUAAACGAGUCGGGCUCUUCUUCCCUACAAUCAUCCUCAUUACCAUCAUAGUUUUUGUGGUGAUGCGCCUGAUUCCCGGGGAUGUGUGCCUCGCGAUAUUGAGCGAUGGCGAGGCGACGUUCACCCAGGAAGAGCUCAUCGACUGUCGUAUUGAACUCGACCUGAACAAGCCUCUGGUAAGCCAGUAUUUCGACUGGAUCGGUGGCGUCCUUCAGGGUGACUUCGGAAACUCUUACUGGUUCAAGGCACCGGUGAUGGAGGAGCUGGCCGACCGGAUUCCGGUCACUGUCGAGCUGACCAUCAUCUCGAUGUUGAUCUCGGUAAUCAUUGCCGUUCCCCUGGGGAUCGUUUCGGCGUUGCGGCCGGAAAGCCCACUGGACUAUGCGUCGCGUGUGUUCACCAUGGCCGGGAUUGCCAUGCCGACCUUCCUUAUUGCCAUCCUCCUGCUACUGUUGUUGGUGAAGGUUGGUGGCCUGGCGCCGCUGAAUUACGUGAACCUCUGGGAAGACCCACUGACCAACCUGCACCAGAUGAUCUACCCCGCGCUGGCCUUGGGUUUCUACGAAAUGGGGUUCGUGGCGCGCGUGACCAGGUCCGCGAUGAUGGAGAUCAUCCGCGAAGACUACAUGCGCACCGCCCGCUCCAAGGGUCUGAGCGAGAACUCGGUGGUCUACGGGCACGGUCUUAAGAACGCCCUGCUGCCCGUGCUGACCACCUCUGGCUGGAUUUUUUGCCCGCUUGUUCGGCGGCACGGUCAUUAUCGAGACCAUCUUCCUGCUGCCGGGGAUGGGCCGGAUUCUCAUUGA